AAACUAUACAAUGGUUUUUACCUACUUUUUCCCCACUCUCUCCAAUCCUCACUCUUAAUACUCAUUUGAAUUCAAUGAAUAUGUGAGAUAAUGAUCAAUGAAGUAAAGUAAUAGUUAUGGGAGAUAGGAGUUCAAAAUUACAAUAGAGAUGAGAAAUAUUAGUAUAUCUUUUUAGUUUACCUAGCAAUAAGAGUUAUUUGAGGUCUAUUCAGAUAUAUGAGAUAGUAUAUAUAUUUUAUAGAACAUUAAAUGCGUGCAAAAUCACUAUUAUGAAAAAUAACAUCAUGACUCGAUUCUAAGCAAAUUGAGUAAGAUAUGUGAAUCUUUAUGAAUCAUGUCAUUUUAUUUAAGUACUUCCAAGUUUCUUAUAUUUAUUCGCUGACAUUUAAAUCUCUAGCAAGACUCAAUAUUAUUAAAACCAAAAGACGUUCUUUUGUUAAUCUCUUUCUAGGUGCUUUCAUUCUUUAUUUUUUUACUUUUUUAGGGACUCAAACUCAUGACCUCACGCAGAGAGAUGGGAAGUGGUUACCAUUAGAGCAACCCUCUGGUCGAUUCUUUAGUUAAGAUUUACCUUAAAAAUAAAAGCUACUCUAAUUAAAUAAACACCCCAAAAUCAGCUUUAUUAGUUCUCUAAUUAAAAAAACUAAAGUUAAUGAGCGUGUCCACAUCUGCUAACUUAGAUUCCAUGGGUGUUUUAGUAAUAAACCUUUGUUGUUUUUUUUCUCUAUAACAUGUCUAUCAUCAUUCAAUAAGUUGAUGAUCAGCAAAAAGGCAAAAUCUUUUCUUACUUUUUAGUCCUUUUCUUUAAUAAUUGUUGGUUUGAAUUUGUUUUCUUGCUUUCACUAUAGUUUCACUAAAGAAAACUACCUGUCUCCAUCUGUUUUUUUUUCCUCUCUGAACCAAUUCUUCAUUCAAAGCAAAGAUCUUGAGGUGAAAGAUUGGAUUUUUAUUUUGUGUCUUUAGUUUCUUGAUUUUGGUUCAAAUUGAUGUAAAAAUGAAAUCUUUGAGGUGAAAGAUUGGAUUUUUAUUGUGUCUUUUUAAUUUCUUGAUUUUUUGUUCAAAUAGAUAUAAAGAUUGGGUUUUUAUUUUUGUGUCUUUUUAAGUUUUCUUGAUUUUGGUUCAAAUAGAUGUAAAAAGAUGAAAUCUUUGAGGUGAAAGAUUGGAUUUUUACUUUUUGUUUCUUGAUUUUGGUUCAAAUAGAUGUAAAGAUGAAAUCUUUAAGCUCAGUGGGACUUGCUUUAAGUGUGGUAUUUGGUUGUCUUUUGUUAGCUCUUAUUGCUGAGCUUUACUACUUGUUAUGGUGGAAAAAUAGGAUUCUUAAAACAAAUCUUGAAGAUGGUUAUAGCAAUAGUAGCAAAGCAAGAGAGUUUUGUUUUAUGUUUUGUGGUAAACCUUCAACAACUUCUCUGACUCCUCCCUCCAAUGCUUUAAAAUCCCAAGAAAUUUGUUCAUCUGAUACACAAUUAGUCCAUGAACCAACACAACUUCAACUUGGGUCAAAUGUGGAUUCAAGUAGUGAUUUUUGGUUCAAACCCUUUGGAGAUGACACAAUGGAUGAUGAGUUUAUGGGACUUUGUGGACCACCAAGAUUUUUAUUUACUAUCAAAGAGGAAACUAAAGAGGAUUUAGAGUCUGAAGAUGGUAAAUCCAAGAGUAGAAAAGGAUCAAGAACUAGAAGUUUGAGUGAUUUAUGUCUAAAUGUUGAAACUCCUUUUUUAACACCACUUGCUUCACCUUCUUGUUUUACUCCACCUUUAAGCCCUAUUGUUAUGUCGAAAAAUGGUUUUAGUUUCAACCCUUUUCUUGAAUCAGCAAGUGAUGCUGAGUUUAAUAAGUUUAUAAGGUCUAAUUCUUCACCACCACCAACAUUUCAAUUCUUGAGAGAUGCAGAAGACAAGUUUUGUAGAAGAUUUGAUCAAAAUCUUGAAGUUUCAUCAAGUUCAAAGCUGUCUAAAGAUCAUGAGGAGAAUAGUGGACCAUUCAUUACACUCAUUUUCCCUAAGAACAGAGAGGUACAACUUGAUCAACAUCAUGUACAACACUCAUCAAGCUCUUCACAAGUACUACCUUUAGCUUCUUCACCUCCAAUCCAACAGGUGAACCAACAAGAGUAAAAUUUUGUUUCAUCCCCCCACCCCCAACCCCCACCAACCAACCCAUCCAUUUGAUUGUACUAAAGAGAAUGACUCACUUUUCUUUGUUUUAUUAGUAUAUGAGUUUAUUUUGCUUGCAUCAUCUUGGUGAUUUAAGAGGUGAAGUUAAUGACUAAAAGCCUAGUCAUAGUGCAAUAUUAGUGGAAUUUCUUGCAUGAUAUCUAUACAGAGUUACAAAGUGUUAGCAUAACAAGUGAUGAGUCAUAAUCUGAUACUUAAAAGUUGACCAUUUUUUUAUUUGUAUUUUAGACUAUGAGUGAAGUUCUGUUAUCAUACUUGAAUGAAGUUAAGUUAAAGGAAAGCUAA